AUGAAGGCCUUCAUUGAGAAGGAGGCUCAAGAGAAGGCUAAGGAGAUCAGAUUGAAGGCUGAUGAAGAAUAUGAAAUUGAGAAGUCAUCAAUUGUCAGAAGUGAAUCAGCUGCCAUUGAUUCUUCUUUUGAACAAAAGUUAAAGAAAGCUUCAUUGGCUCAACAAAUCACCAAAUCUACUAUUGCCAACAAGACCAGAUUGAAGGUGUUAUCCAAGAAGGAAGAAGUUUUGGAUGAAAUCUUUGCUGAUGCUGCAAAGGAAUUGAAGCAAUUGGUUAGUAAGGAAGCCAAUUUCAAGCCUAUUUUGGAAGGAUUGAUCGAAGAAGGUUUGUUAGCUUUCUUGGAAAAUAAGGUUACUAUUAAAGUCAGAGAAUGUGAUGUUAAAAUUGCUAAGAGUGCCAGUGAACAAGCUGCUAAGAACUUUGAAGCUAAGGCUAAGUUUCCUGUCACCAUUACAGUUGAUGAAACCAACUUUUUGGAUAAGGACUCUAUUGGGGGUGUAGUAUUGGUUAACAGUACGGGUAAGAUUGAAGUUGAUAAUACUUUAGAAGAAAGAUUAAAGUUGUUGUCUGAACUGGCUUUGCCAGGUAUUAGAUUGGAAUUAUUUGGACCUUCCCCCUCAAGAAAGUUCUUUGAUUAA